UCUUCCACGACGUGUCCGGUUAUGGGAGACGCGAUAACGCGGUGCGCUGAUAACGUAAACGUCGAGUCGCCGCGCAGACACGAAUGUGCGAUCAAUCGAUUCACAGGUCUUGGUAAACGGUUCCGCGGAGGCGUGUUAAACUGUUAAAAAUAAACGAACGGAAACGCCGUCUGUCUCGACACUCCAAAACAGUCCCAACGACGCGUUUCUAUUCCCGUGGUCAACUGCUCACCGAGAUCGCUUCACAUCGUCGAGUCCGGUGAGACAGCAGCACUUUCCUGUUCAUCCUUCGGGCGCCCCGACCCGAUACGACCUACCCCCAAAAAAGUUUUUCGUGCCGCCCGCCUCGUAAACACCAACAACUCCGGUAAUAAAUAAUAAUAAUUAUUAUUAUUAUUCAGCAACAGACGUCGCCAUGAUCGGCGGUCUGUUCAUGUACAACCACAAGGGCGAGGUGCUGAUAUCGCGCGUGUAUCGCGACGAUAUCGGCCGCAACGCCGUGGACGCGUUCCGCGUGAACGUCAUACACGCUCGCCAGCAAGUUCGCUCGCCGGUCACCAACAUUGCGCGCACGUCGUUCUUCCACAUCCGCCGAGCCAACAUUUGGCUGGCAGCCGUCACCAAACAGAACGUCAAUGGUGCUAUGGUAUUCGAGUUCCUCAUACGGUUCACGCAGGUCAUGCAGUCGUACUUCGGCAAGAUCAACGAGGAGAACAUCAAGAACAACUUUGUGCUCAUCUACGAGCUGCUAGACGAGAUACUCGACUUCGGCUAUCCGCAGAACUGUGACACGGGCGUGCUCAAGACGUUUAUCACGCAGACGGGCGUCAAGUCACAGAGCAAGGAAGAGCAGAUGCAGAUCACGUCCCAGGUCACUGGCCAGAUUGGAUGGCGGCGCGAGGGCAUUAAGUACCGUCGCAACGAGCUGUUCCUCGACGUGCUGGAGUAUGUAAACCUGCUCAUGUCGCCCCAGGGACAGGUGUUGUCCGCUCAUGUUGCCGGUCGCAUACUCAUGAAGUCCUACCUGAGCGGUAUGCCCGAAUGCAAGUUUGGCAUCAAUGAUAAAAUUGUAAUGGAGUCCAAGGGCACCAAGAUUCUUGACGACACGGGCUCGAGGACGGCUUCUGGAAAGCCAGUUGUCGUCAUUGACGAUUGUCAAUUUCAUCAGUGUGUAAAACUUUCAAAAUUUGAAACCGAACAUUCCAUAAGCUUCAUUCCGCCCGAUGGUGAAUUUGAAUUGAUGCGUUACCGUACCACCAAAGAUAUAUCAUUGCCGUUCAGGGUUAUACCAUUGGUGAGAGAAGUAGGUCGCACUCGCAUGGAAGUCAAAGCUGUUUUGAAGUCUAAUUUCAAGCCCUCCUUGUUAGGACAGAAAAUAGAAGUCAAGAUUCCCACUCCCUUGAAUACUGCUGGUGUUCAAUUGUUAUGUCUUAAAGGCAAAGCCAAAUACAAGGCUUCAGAUAAUGCAAUUGUGUGGAAAAUCAAGAGAAUGGCAGGCAUGAAAGAAACACAGCUCUCAGCUGAAAUCGAUCUUUUGGAGACUGACACUAAGAAAAAAUGGACUAGACCGCCAAUUUCUAUGAAUUUUGAGGUACCAUUUGCUCCUUCUGGAUUCAAAGUCAGAUAUUUAAAAGUUUUUGAGCCAAAGUUGAAUUAUUCUGAUCACGAUGUUGUCAAAUGGGUUCGUUAUAUUGGGCGAAGUGGAUUGUAUGAAACUAGGUGUUAAUCAAACAAAACUAUACGUAUUUUAAGAAUUUCCCAAUAUUCUGGUCCAAAAUUAUUUACAUACUGAUUAAUAUUAAAUAAUAUAAUAUUUAUUUUAUCAUAUUAUCAUAUUUUUUAAUUUAUAAUCCGUUCAGUAUGUAUGGUAUGAUUAAAUACAUUUAUUGUUAUUUGGGCUAGUCAUUUAUAUUAAUUUUAUAUGCAUAAUAAAUAAUGUUUAUAUUUUAAUGUAAUUGAUUUGAUAAAAGUAUUGGCUGAUACAAUUGUAUUAUUACUAUUAUACCCACAUAGUUAAUUUAUUAUUUUAUAUGUAUUUUUUUUAUUAUUAUUUACUUAUUUUGAUCUGCUUUUAUUUUUCUAGGUAUUUAUUAUUUGUUAUAUUACAGCUAAAUAUAAACGAAUAGGUAUCACCAUAGGUAAAUAAUAAUUAUUAUAAUAAUUGAACAUGUAACAGUUCAUUACAAUAAUCAUAAUGAUUUUAUUUAGUGCUUUAUUAUAAUAUUAUAUUCAAAUAUAACAGAA